UUUAUGAAGGAAUCCGUCUUGUAAAGCCAUUGGUCCUGGUCAUCAGCCGCUACCCAAUGCUUUCGCGAUGCUGCCGCUGAUCUAUUUGGGAAGUUGGCUGGCUGGCGAGGCAGAGCCUCUCCUCAAAGGCUGGCUCCCACGGAAAAUAUGCUCAGUGCAGCCGCGUGUGUGAAUGCAAACGCCGCCAGGCGCUUCUUCUAGUCAGGCAAGAUGCAGCCAAGAACUCCGCUCGCCUUGUGCGUCCUGCUGUCCCAGGUGCUCCUGGUAACAUCUACAGGUGAUUUGGACUGCACACCCGGAUUCCAGCAGAAAGUGUCGCACAUCUACCAGCCAGCGGAAUUCAUUGAGGACCAGCCCGUCCUAAACUUGACCUUCACCGACUGCAAGGGCAAUGAGAAGCUGCACUAUGAAGUCUCCAGCCCACACUUUAAGGUGAACAGCAAUGGCACCUUGGUCGCUCUCAGAAACAUAACUGCAGUGGGCAGGACCCUGUUUGUCCAUGCGAGGACUCCUCACGCUGAAGAUAUGGCUGAACUUGUGAUCGUCGGGGGGAAAGACAUCCAGGGAUCCUUGCAGGAUAUUUUUAAAUUUGCAAGGACAUCUCCUGUCCCAAGACAAAAGAGGUCCAUUGUGGUGUCUCCCAUCCUGAUCCCAGAGAACCAGAGACAGCCCUUCCCCAGAGAUGUUGGCAAGGUAGUCGAUAGUGACAGACCUGAAGGGUCCAAGUUCCGGCUCAGUGGGAAGGGAGUGGAUCAAGAGCCCAAAGGAAUUUUCAGAAUCAAUGAGAACACGGGCAGCGUCUCCGUGACACGGACCCUGGACAGAGAAACGAUCGCUACUUAUCAACUGUUUGUGGAGACCACGGAUGCCAGUGGCAAAACUCUGGAGGGGCCAGUGCCUCUGGAAAUCAUUGUGAUUGAUCAGAAUGACAACAGGCCCAUCUUCCGGGAAGGCCCUUACAUUGGCCACGUCAUGGAAGGAUCCCCGACAGGGACCACAGUGAUGCGGAUGACAGCGUUUGAUGCAGAUGACCCGGCCACUGACAAUGCCCUCCUGCGGUACAACAUCCGUCAGCAGACGCCUGACAAGCCAUCUCCCAACAUGUUCUACAUCGAUCCUGAGAAAGGAGACAUUGUCACCGUGGUGUCACCUGCGCUGCUGGACCGGGAGACUCUGGAAAAUCCCAAGUAUGAACUGAUCAUCGAGGCUCAAGACAUGGCAGGACUGGACGUUGGAUUGACAGGCACAGCCACAGCAACCAUCGUGAUUGAUGACAAAAAUGAUCACUCUCCAAAGUUUACCAAGAAAGAGUUCCAAGCCACAGUGGAGGAAGGAGCUGUGGGGGUUAUUGUCAACUUGACAGUGGAAGACAAAGACGACCCCACAACAGGUGCAUGGAGAGCUGCGUACACCAUUAUCAAUGGAAAUCCCGGGCAGAGCUUCGAAAUCCACACCAACCCACAGACCAACGAGGGCAUGCUCUCUGUGGUCAAGCCCCUGGACUAUGAGAUCUCUGCCUUUCACACCCUGCUGAUCAAAGUGGAAAACGAGGACCCACUGGUGCCCGACGUCUCCUAUGGCCCCAGCUCCACGGCCACUGUCCACAUCACAGUCCUGGAUGUCAAUGAGGGUCCGGUCUUCUACCCAGACCCCAUGACAGUGACCAAACGGGAGAAUAUCUCUGUGGGCAGCGUGCUGCUGACAGUGAACGCCACAGACCCGGACUCCCUGCAACAUCAGACCAUCAGGUACUCCAUUUACAAAGACCCAGCAGGCUGGCUGAAUAUCAACCCCAUCAACGGAACCGUCGACACCACAGCUGUGUUGGAUCGGGAGUCCCCAUUUGUCCACAACAGUGUGUACACAGCCCUGUUCCUGGCCAUCGACAGUGGCAACCCACCCGCGACAGGCACUGGGACUCUGCUGAUAACCCUGGAGGACGUAAAUGACAACGCGCCCUUCAUUUACCCAACGGUGGCUGAAGUCUGUGAUGAUGCCAAAAACCUCAGUGUGGUCAUUCUGGGAGCUUCCGACAAGGACCUUCAUCCCAAUACAGACCCCUUCAAGUUCGAGAUCCAUAAGCAGACGGUCCCUGAUAAAGUCUGGAAGAUCUCCAAAAUCAACAACACCCACGCCCUCGUGAGCCUUCUUCAGAAUCUGAACAAGGCGAACUACAACCUGCCCAUCAUGGUGACAGAUUCAGGGAAGCCACCCAUGACGAACAUCACAGACCUCAGGGUGCACGUGUGCUCUUGCAAGAACUCCAAAGUGGACUGCAACGCGGCGGGGACCCUGCACCUCAGCCUCAGCUUGCUGCUGCUCUUCUCGCUCCUCAGCUUAUCGGGUCUGUGAGAAUGCCACAUCUGAAGCUUGACUCCCAAGUUGCCAUAGCAACAAGAAAAAGAAAAAAACAGGAAAAAAAAAAAGUCUAUCCAAAUCUGAAGAUUGCCGUUUACAGCUCUCAAACUUCACAACCAGGCCUCAAUUGUUCCACAUCCUCCUUUUCUUUGCAAUUUCAUUUAAUCUGUACCUCACUAUUUGACAGCAUCUUCCUUCCUCCUUUGAUUAAUGGAACCCUCUGGAUUUGCCCUGAAUGUUUAAAGACCAUGCGUGUCUCUGGACCUUCGGGAGCAGGAACGAUGACUAGCUUUUCUGAUGCGUCGACACAUUGCUAGCCAGCACUCCACCCAUGCAGCCACGCAGUGGGUUCGUGUCUGUACGUGGAUGGGUAUCUGUCUGUGUGUAUACCCAGUAUUUAUGUAGAAGACGGCAGGAGCCGCCUGCUUUUGUUAAACAGAGGAGGUGGAAGCUCGGAUGGCUGAGCCCUCCAUCCAAGGGCAGUUAGUCCACUGAGCUGUCACUCACUUGUGUAGCAAAGCUGCAUCUCCAGGGGCCUGCUCAGUCCAACCGCUGAAUGCUGACCGACCAGCCAGGCAGGUCCAGGGGGUUGGGGGUGGGGAAAGGGCAAGGGCUGCCACCACUUCCCAGUACCAUGAAAUGCCAUGGCUUGACGUCC